UUAAAAAUGAGUUCAUAUUGAGUUCCACUUGCUGCGAAACAUUUCUGCUUUAAACCAGCGUGUCACCAGUCGGACCAGCUGUUCAAACUUUUGCGUCACCAAGCAGGUGAGUUGAGUGUUGAGAACACGCCCACCAGCAGCCAGACGUUUGGUAUUUUGUUCAGGCGUGUACCGCACACUAUGUUCAUUUUCUUUGUUUGUCUUUUUUUCUUCCUUUUUUUCCCCAGAGAAGUGGUGCAACAGUCAUGGAACAAUCAGUUAACACAUUCCCAUCACCAGCAUAAAUUCUUUCAUCUGUUCGCCUGCUUUCACUUCUAAGUGACAACAAGUAAUGGCACAUGAAGUGAACUCUACUUAAAUAAGACACACAUUCUGUUUAUUACCUGGAACAUGAUUGUCUGCUUCAGUUUUGUUACCGGUCACAAAGUCCUGAAAGGAUUCGGAGUUAACUUCAGAUUUUGGGAUGACUGAACCCUCUGGAUUGAUUUUUGCUUUUUAUUGGCUGCGUUGAUCCUUUACUGUUUUGAACAUGGCAGGAGGAUCAGCAGCUGACUUGGCACCUACAGCUGUUGUCAAGAUUUUUUCAGCUGGAACAGCUGGCUGCAUGGCUGAUCUGGUCACCUUCCCAUUGGACACCGCCAAAGUACGACUGCAGGUCCAAGGAGAAUCGAAGGCCCUCCCAAAAGGCCAGAAGGUGGCGUACAGAGGUGUAUUUGGCACCAUCAUCACCAUUGUGAGGACCGAGGGGCCAAGGAAUCUGUACAAUGGGCUCCUGGCGGGGCUGCACCGACAAAUAUGCUUUUCCUCCAUCCGGAUCGGUCUGUACGACACCAUGAAGCAACUCUACGCCCACGGAGCAGAAAAUCCUGGAUUCGGGGCCCGACUUCUGGCGGGCUCCACCACCGGAGCAAUGGCGGUGGCUUUUGCUCAGCCCACCGAUGUUGUGAAGGUCAGGUUCCAGGCUCAGGUCCACCAGCCGGACAACGGCUCCGUCAAGAGGUACAGCAGCACCACCCAGGCCUACAGGACCAUCGCCAGGGUGGAGGGCCUCCGAGGGCUCUGGAAAGGCUGUCUGCUGAACAUAACUCGUAACGCCAUUGUGAACUGCUCCGAGCUGGUGACGUAUGACAUCAUUAAAGAGCAGAUCCUGAAGAACAAAAUGAUGACAGACAACAUGCCAUGUCACUUCACUGCCGCAUUCGCCGCAGGUUUCUGCACCACUGUGGUGGCCUCUCCGGUGGACGUGGUGAAAACCCGCUUCAUGAACUCCGUUCCUGGGCAGUACGGCGGCGGCGCCAACUGCGCUCUGACCAUGCUGCUUAAAGAGGGGCCCUCGGCUUUUUACAAAGGGUGGGAGUUGUCGUCGAAAACCGGGGCAGAUCAGGUCCAGCAGCUGAUUUAUCUCAAUCUUUCCUUGCAGCUUCAUGCCGUCGUUUCUUCGCCUGGGGUCCUGGAACAUAGUGAUGUUUGUCAGCUAUGAGCAGAUUCAGAGGGCCGUGGUAAGAUUUCAGCGGCCCUGGGAAUCUCGCUUCAGAACGGUUUGACUGGGCGAAGCUGUGCAGCUGGAUCUGUCGAUAGCUAGCGGUCAAUCCAGACCUCGUAUCUCACCAGAGAGGACAAGCUGCAGGUUUGAUUGGUGAUUAUUAUUUUAGGUAAUAAUCGGAAACACUCUUGUUUUUUACCUGAGAUUUGUCAUUUUGGAGAAACUCUGGCUCUCAGAAACUCGUUCACAUUUUGGGCCCAAAUCAAGAUCGUGAGUGUUCUCACGGCCUGUUGCGCCAGAAUGUGUGUUUAUAAAUACACUCCGAAAAUACAUUCCGUUCAAAUCCAUUGACAAACUGUUCAAAUAUCAAUAAAUGUCAAUAUGUGUCUUAAUCAUAAAUAAUCUCGAUUUUUUUUUUUCACGUGAAUUUCCCUCUAUAGGAUUUUGUGAUUGUUGUUGUAAUUUUUUCCAAUCAAAUUCAUGGAUUUAAAGUGCUGCUUUAGAAAUAUUUGUAAAUAAUUUAGUCAUAUUGGUGCUUAGCUUUGACUUCAAAUGUAACAUGUCGAUUAUGAACUGUCACUUGACAUUGCGUAAAGCUGAGGCAACUGUCAUAAAAGUAAGAAAUGCUGCCACCUGCAGGUAGGGGUUAGCAGUGACUUCAACCCAAUGUUUCUGACCAUUUUUAUAGGAAAUUUUUCAAAUAUUAAAGUAAGCAUGUCAGCCCAGUUAAAGUCUUUCUGAUUCUAGAAUGACACCUACAUGGAAUAUUUUAAAGGCAUAUUUACUUCUUCAAGUUCAGCAGGAUAACAACGUGUUCUGAUGUUGCAUUUUUCACGUUUUGUACCUCAGACCACACGAAGAAUUCAGUAAGAGGAGGUUCUUUAAAAAGAAACUAAAUUGUACAUUAUGUACAUAAUAAACAGAAGUGUAAAACUGCAAUUUGCUGCUUGAUGUUGAACCUUUUUUUGCUGAAGAAACUGUUUCAAACUGUUUUUGGAUGUGCUAAAA